UGCUGGCUGAGGGCACCUGACCACGGCCAGAAGCGAGCGGCGGCCAGCGCUGCCGCGGCCAAAAUUCCGCUCUGGGAGCUUCCCUGAAUAAAAUAUUUAACGUGAAUUGAAAACAGUAGAUAUUCUCAGGGGGGCGAGUUAACCACAGUAAGUACGGCAGGCACGGGCGGCGCCGCGCUCUGGUAAAUACGGUAGACACCCCCCCCCACCCCCGGGCUCGCGCCCUGCCGCGGGCGACAGCGCCCCCUGGCGGCGACGCGCGUCGGUGUCCCGGAACAGGAGACCGAUGGGGGCGCGGCGCCGUGCGCGAGACGUUCCGGGCCCGCUGGCGUUUGCGGCGCGGAGCGGCGGGGAAGGCUUUGAGCGGCGGACCGGCGGUGCCAGCUCCUGGUGGCAGCAGGGUCCCCCCGACAUCGCCCAGCAGUGACGCCUCCACUGUCCUCCCUCGGGAAACAAGAGCUUGGGCUGCAUCUCUGAGUUUAGACCUCCAACCUCAGCAUCCUGACCUGGUGCCGCCUUUGGGAGGAUGAAUCAGGACGGUUACUCAAGUGAUCAGCCCACGGGUGAUGAUGACACAUCAGGAUGUCAUGGAGAUUCAUGAAUCAUCCACAGAAGGACCUAGAGGCUGGGUUUGGGGAAAAAGACAUUCAAGUCUCUAUAACAUAUCCUGGGUGCUGGCCAGGACCCACUCGUACUGCUGAAAACCCUUCAGCUUCUCUGGACAAAGCAGGAGCUGGGGAAGCAGCUCAAGGAAGAAAUCAGGCGGGGCUUUGCCAGACUGGAGGACCCUUUGGCAGGACUCCUGGCCAUGCUGGAGAGCAGCAGUGAUUGGAAGGGGAAAGGGCAUUCCCUGGGGUAUUGCAUCACCAUGGAGCUGCAGCUUUGGCUAAAAGCACAUCCUGCUGUCCCACAGGUUAGAAAAAGAGAAAGCAAGAGAGCUGGGAGAGAUGAGAGAGCAAUUGAUUGUAACGUUCCUCAGUCUGGCACCAAGCUGAAGAAGCUGCAGGCCCAUGUGCUCGGAAUGCUCUCCCAGUGCCCAGCUAAUCUGCUUGACCCCCUGAUUAGCAUUUACCAGCUCCACACAGCAGACCGGAACUAUUUGCUUGAACAUGUCAGUCAUCUUUAUCUCCAGGGCAAUUACAAAGAGGCAGCCAUACUGAGUAUUAAGCUGAAAUUACAGCCAGAUCAAGAUGUAGAGAAGAUGUGUACCCCACUACUGCUCCAGGAUAAAGCUAACUUGGUGGAAGAAUAUGUGGCAGAAUAUCCCGAGCUCCAAAGGAAGCUCUUGCAGACGCUGGACACGUGGUGUGAGCCCAGCUUCGAUAUCAGAGACAUCACAAGACCCUACCAAGGCCUGUCCAAGUACAAACCCGAAAAAUUUAACCGCAGAAUGCUCAGUAAGCUGGUCUUCAGGCUCCUGGAGAGAUUCAACGUUGACCCAGCUCUCUGCCCUAAUGUCAUAAAUCAGCGGCAUUUGAGAACCCUGAAUUACCUCUUUUACAAGAGAUUUGUUGAGAAAACCAUGACUGAGGAGAAUUGGGCAGACCACAUUCAGAGCACAGUUGGGGAGAACCGGUGGCUCCAGGGACAUCUGGUGCAGUCGCUGCUCCGUCACUGCGACGCGCGUGGGGCGGCGCGCUGGGCACAGCACUGCCGGGUGCCCUCUGAAAUGCUGCCUCAGGCUGUGGCUGAGGAGCUUCAGAAGCUGCACAUCCAGGACAGGGUAGAAGAGGUCAAAAAAGCAGAUAAUUAUGAGGCCAGUAAGAAGAAGGACUACUACCAGCUUCCUAUUCCACGGGAAAAUAUUCACUUUCUGCAGACAUGGGAGGAGACGCUGCAGUGCUGGGAGAAGGUGCUGCAGCCUGGGCAGGUCGUUGGUGUGGACAUGGAGUGGAAGCCUUCCUUUGGCAUGGUGGGGAAGCCCCGUGUCGCCCUCCUGCAACUUGCACUGAAGGAUGAGGUGUUCCUGUUGGACCUGCCACGGCUCCUCGAGCAAGCUGAGGCUGAGGGGGAAAAGGAGAAGCUUCCCCGUUUCAUCCAGAUGCUCUAUUCAGAUGCAGCCAUCACUAAACUAGGUUAUGGGAUGUCUGGAGACCUCAGCAGCCUUGCAGCCACAUGUUCUGCUUUAAAAGACACAGAGAAGCAAAUGCAAGGUGUGGUGGAUCUUCUUGCAGUGGACAAACAACUGCAGUGGGGGAAGGACAGCCGGAAGGUCGAUGGACUGUCCCCAGAGCGCAGCCACGAGGAGAGAGGGGUCAGGCAGCCAGAGAAGGGACUCAGCCUCCUGGUGCAGCAUGUGCUGGGGAAGCCUCUGGAUAAAACAGAGCAGCUGUCCAACUGGGAGAAGCGGCCGCUCCGGGAGGAGCAGAUCCUCUAUGCAGCCUCAGAUGCCUACUGCUUGCUGGAGAUCUAUGAGAGGCUCUGCAAGGACCCCGAGAGAUUCAGUCUGGGUUCAGACCUGACAGACAGUCUGGUGGGAAAACAGAGCAAAAAACCCAGGGUAAAAAAGCAGCUGAAUAAACAAGAAGCACCAUCACCUUCUGGACAGGAAUGCCAAGGACCCAGAACAGAUCCCUCACGCCCUCCUGCCCCCAUCUCCCCCCAGGAGUUCAGCGUGGUCUGUGACAACAUGCUGCAGGGCCUGGGGCGCUACCUGCGCUGCCUGGGCGUGGAUGUCCGGCUGCUGGACAAUGAGGAUGACCACAGGAAAGCUGCUGAGAUAGCCCGACAGGAAGGAAGAGUCAUUUUGACCUCCGGACUCCCAUAUCAGACUCUGCGCUCCCAGGUGGGAGAAGGAAGGUGUUUCUCUGUGAACUGCUCCGAGAAGGCGAAGGAACAGGCGCUGCAGGUGCUGAAGCACUUCAACGUGCAGGUGUCCCUGGGUGACAUCUUCAGCCGCUGCCAGGUGUGCAAUUGCAACAAGUACCUGAAGGUCUCACGGGAGAGUAUGAAGCAGCUGGUGGAGAGCAGCAGACAAGUGUCAGGGGAGCACAGUGCAGGCUGCCCGGGGAGCCAGAGUUGCAGUGUCACGGGGCCAGUCUGUGACACAGCCCAGCCUGGCUGCACCCCACACAGCGAGCAGGCGGAGGGGACGGAGCAGCGCGGGGCAGCCACGGUGCUGGCAGGGGACACGGUCCUGCAGGUCACUGCCAUCCCCCCCGGGGUGCUGGACAGAGCAGAGCUCACCGACUUCUACUGCUGCACCUGCUGUGGGAAGGUGUUUUGGGAAGGGUCCCAUUUUGGACACAUUGUGUCCCAGUUCCAGGAUGUUCUUGUGGCCUCUAGGGAUGCACAGAGCAUCUAUGAGCUGAGCUGAGCUGAACUGAGCCAAGCUGAGCUGAGCUGAGCUUAGCUGAGAAGCACGGGGGCUCCACAGGGGAACUGGGACUGCUGGGGACCCUCAGCAGAUUUUGGGCCCUGGGUUUCCAGAGAGAGGUUGGAAGUGAGGAGGUAGGAGCUCUCAUUUUGGGAUCCGUCACGGAGAGCACUGUCACAGGUGCACCAGUGGUUUUUGGGCAACAGCCCAAAAAUACAUGGCCUCCAUGAGAUCAUUAAAGCAGAGGUGGCUGAUGAAUG